GAAAUAAAUAAACCACUCUCCCCCCCCCCAUAACAUUCUAAAUAUACAAAGUAGAGUAAUUACACACUUCCUUAAACUCCUCUUUUCCCCAUCCAAAAGCGAAACCUUGCCGCAGAUCUCCAAUUUAACCUCUCCCUAUUGUUCCUCCACGCCGAGGUAAACUUUCACAUGUUGAUUAGGGAAAUUACUCAACUUCAAAGCAUCUAUCCACCGUAAUCAACAAAACAACAUCACUCAUGCGACACCCAUAACCACUCCAGAACUAUGGAUUCAGCACCGAACGGGGCUCCAGAAGCUCCUAAACCACCUCGCGAUCGCAUCUCCGCUAAAUCUACUGCUGAUCCUAUCCUCCGCAAUGCGAUUCGUUAUACCAUCUCCGCGAAAGAAUAUGAAACCCUACACAAAUACAUAAUCUCACGAUCGAAAGUCUUGAAGAGAAAUGCACCUACAGUUACAAAGGUAGAGAAAUUGGUCGAGAGACCAGGUCGCGACGAUUACAAUGCUGCAGCUGUGAGGGGUAGUUUGAGGUUAUUCCUUGCUACAAAUGCGGGAUUGAAGAUCUGGAGUUUGAUCUCGGAGAAAUUCAUGGGAGCUGGUAAAGCUGGGGGGAAGAAUGUCUCGUUAUGGAAGUCACCAAACUUCCGCCUCUCUCUUUCCCUUUCUACGAUACUCCUUCUUCAUCGGAUUCUUUUCCGCUUCUUCACCCGACUUCGCGCACAUCUCCUUACAUCCGAAGCCGAACCUUUUAGACAGCGAAAUCCGAAAACAAGUAAGACGCUUACAUCGAGUUUGGCACCAGCGGUUGGAGCAAGUUUGGCUGGGUUUAUGCUGGGGGUUUAUCCAAGUGAUCAGUUGAGAGUUACAAUUGCGAUAUAUGCUUUGAGUAGAGCUGCAGAAAUAUCGUAUAAUUUGGCAGAAGAUGAGGGCUGGAUUUGGGGUAAGGAGGGAAGUAGAUGGGAGAGACCUUGGUGGUGGGGAAGUUGGUUGCUUUUCCCAUUGACUUGUGGUCAAUUGCUUCAUGCUUUUGUUUUUGAUAGAGAUUGCUUUCCAAAGCAAUAUGGAGACUUCAUUCUCAAAAACUCCCCACAGUACAUCCAAACUCGACCAGAGGAUUAUCCAGCCAAUCUACCAUGGCCAAACACUUACGGCAUCGUUGAUAACCUUGCCGAAAUGGCACGUCUUAAUUAUCCACCCUUCGUGUCCCCAAUUCUUUUCCCCAACAACCCUACUCUACCACAGUCUCUCAGCGGAAUUUCUCCCAUAACUUCUCCCGCCCACCCUCUAAUCACAUCCCUCACAUGCGCUACUCUCCACCCCUCAGAUCCUUCUUGUCUCCGCACUUACCUCACCUACUGGAUCCAAGUUUUCCCCCGUCUCGCUCGAGUCUUCACUCUAAUUCUCUCCCUCUUCUCUAUCCCCGCCUACCGCAAAUUUUAUAAUUCCCCCAUCUCUUCUCUCAACGCCCUCGCUAUCCGUAUCCUCAAAUCUACCCUCUAUAUUUCCGGCGCCAUCGGUACCAGCUGGGCUAGUAUCUGCGCUUUCCAAUCGAUUCUACCCAGACAUGUCCUACCUACCCAGAGAUUUUUCCUAGGAGGUGCAUUAGGCGGUCUCUGGGGUUUUGUAGUCAGAAAAGAUGCAAGAAGCGAAUUCUUGUACAGUGCGCGUGCAUCAAUGGAUUCGCUAUGGAAGGUUGGCAAGAAGAGGGGAUGGUGGAAGGGAAUUAAGGGUGGUGAUGUGUGGAUUUUUGUCAUUAGUUUGAUGGCUAUUGAGAUGGCUUAUGAGAGGGAUGGAAGAGCGUUAAGGAGCGGUAUGUUGAGAAAGAUGCUUAGUGGGAUGAGGGGUGAGGGUUGGAGAGACUAUGUCGCCGAGGAGGAGAAGAGAUUAAAAGAGGGGAAGAAGUUGUAGAAGCUGAUUAGGUGAAAAUGGGGAGUAUUGCGACAAGCGUGCAUUGCGUUUGAAGUACUGGCUAGAUCAUAAAUCUACGAUUGAAAGACCGAGGAUCAAAAAAUGGGAUUGAUGAAGGGUCGGGUAUCAAAUUCGGAUAGAGGAUAUGGAACUCUGCAAUGAAAGCAGAGUCAUGAUUCUAGAUCAGCGCUGAGGGAAACCUGAGGAAGAGCUGUACUUUGCAACUUUAUUUAUAGGGGGCGAUUUGGGAGUUCACGAGUAUUAUUCGCUUCACGUCAUUCAUGUUUGGAGGCGCAGAUGAAGAUGUUUUAUAUAUCCAGGCCAAGGCCAUUUGCUUCAAUAUUCAUUUUUUGUUAAUUGUUAAAUUUAUUUAUUUCGAUAUUUUUGAGUGUUUGAGAUUCAUUGUGGCUACUUUCUUUCCUAUUUCUUGAGAUGAAUGUUAGACAAUGUAGGUAUUGUGAUGUGAGUAUUGCAAAUACAAUGAGAGGGCAUCAGUAUAGGGAGCAGAAAUUCUCACUGCGCUACUCGUAUUCUGGAAGUAGGUAGUUCGUCUGGAUCCAUAUUUCACUCAUAGAAUAGACCUAGCCAGUGUAGGUAGUAGCAUAAAGAAUCCUUCUCCUCA